CGUCGCAGUCGCAGUCAUAGUCGCGGUCGCCGUUUUGCGGUUGCGGUCGCAGUCGCCUGUUGUGUGCGGUUUUCCCUCUCCAUCCCAUAAGAACCGUUGCAGGCCGGCGUUUCGUAUUUUGUCGCAGAAGAAGACCAGAAGAAGAUUUUCCCCGCGCCCAGAUCAACGCAUUCGUUUGUCGUCGUCGCGCUUAAUUAAAUACUUCUAUUUUUUUUCCUUACUUACCAUUUUUUGUUGUGUUGUUCCGACAACCCAAUUAUAUAUAGCUUAAUUGUUUAAUAGCAACCACAGCAACAGCACAAAGAGCAAAAAGAAGUAAAGUUAAGUGCGAAAAGUAAAAUAAAGUGAAGUUUCAGUGAGUGAGUGAGUGUGAGUGAUUGAGUGCGCGAGUGGUGCUGCCCCUGUGUGUGGGUAAACAAUUGGAGCAGCCACAGAAAAAGGCAACCGCCACCGCCCCUCGCAAGUCGACAUUGGACAUACACAAUACGAUCGCCCAGAGGGCUAUUGAUUGUGCACCAACUCGGAUUUUUGUCUAGUACCUGGUGCCGCCUUUUGCGGCAAGUUCAAGUUCAAAGAGAGGAGAGAGCUUCUUUACCGAGCACGAGAGCACGUACCACGUACUAGCACAAUCCUCAUCCUUGGAUCUGGCGGGCCUGUCCGGUCAAACCCCACCUGUCGCAUGAGCAAAUCGUGAACGUUAAUUAAAUGUCAACAGAUCCAGCGACAAAGGAGCCAGGCGGUGAGGAGCCAGCGCGGAAGGAGUCGCUGGAGAACGGGGUCGGAGAAGCCAAAUGAAUUGGAAUUGAAAUUGAAAUUGAGAAUCUGUCGGCAAACAACAUUGCGAAGUUGUGGGCAAAAUAUAUGCAUGAUUGUCAAAUAAAUCAAAAGAUUCAAGGGAGCGAAGCAGCGAGAGGAGAAGUGACAAAGAGAAGCACAGAAACUGCGAGAACAUUACAUAAAGCAGCAAGACAACGACUAAAGGACAAUAGAAUCCCAUCAAAGAGGAGACUUUCAGCGAGAGACCAGGACAAGAAGAGCUCACCAGAACUAACCAGAAGGAACAAGAUCAAUUGAAAGUAACAACAAGAAGGGGAAAGAGCUGCUGGAAAAUGGUUAACGCUGUGAUGGAUGCCAUUGCGCUGCUCAGCUCAUUGGCCAGCGAUCUGGAUGUAAUGCUGAACGAUCUUCGCUCAGCGCCGAGUCAUGCAACAGCGAAUCAGCAGCAGCUGCAACAAACACAGCCACAUCCACAUCAGCAUCAGCAACAUCAGCCACAGCAGCAGCUACAAUCAAGGCAACUGAUGCAACCGCUGCACCAUUGGCAAAGCAUUAACAAUAAUAAUGUGCCACACCCACUGAAGACAAACCGAUCCCCAACAAUAUCCACACAAAAUUGCCUGCAAAACAAUCGUCGACGUGUGGCACCCAAGCCCUUGCCACGGCCACCGCGUCGCUCACGACCAGCCAUUUCCAAUGCGGCAAGGGAGGCUGACGAUGCCGCGGAGGAUACGGAUGCCAGCGAUUGGGCCAAUGUGACAGCACCGUUGAGCGCCAGUGCGGCGGCCACACGGAUAAUGGGCCUCUCGCCAGAGGUCAAGAAGGUGCAACGGCUGCCGCUCUGGUGUCAUCCUCAUCCUCACGUUCAUCCGCUAACGCCUCCAUCAAUGCAGCCGCGUCCCCAGCGCCGACCCAGUCAGCGCCAUCAUCAUCAGAGCACAAGAAUGUCACACGAGACGGCCACAAUCGGAGGAGGAGGAGUUCCAUCGGUGGUGGAGUGCAGCGAUGCCUCCUCAAAGGUGGAGGUGAUUGUCUACACAAAGUCGGACAAAACCCUUAAACAGAAUAUGAACGCCAAAGAUGAGACGCUCAGGAAGCGCACAUCCCUGAUCAUUGUGCCACAGCAGGUGGAUGCAGAAGAUAACGAUCCCAAUCAGAAUCAGAUGCAAACUCAGCUACAAAGCCAUGUCAAUGCCACAUCUAAACAGGAGGAAUUGCUGCUAGAGAAUGGCAAUCGCAAUUCGAUUGCCAGCAUGGACAGCAAUCAGUCAUCAGCUUCGAGUUCAAGGACCACCAGCAGCAGUAGCAGCAGCAGCAGUAGCACCACCUCGGAGGAUGCCCAUGCCGCCUAUGAGGAUCUACAGAAUGGCAACGCUAUCGCACUCGCUCCACGGUCCAUCUCCAACUCCAGCUCAUCGUCCUCCGAGUCCACCUCCUGCUCCAGCUCUGUGGACUACUCGCUCCGGGAGCAGCUCAAGAACUUUGCCAACCGCAACGAGGACACCACCGCUGAUCGACAGUCGCUGCCCACCAAUGUUGGUGGCCUGCAGCUGCUCAAGAGUAUGCCAGCCACUUCUCUACUCUGCGAUGCUCUGCUCAGUCCCCAGGAGGCGCCCCUGGGCAGGCGGUACGCUGAAGUGUCGCAAUUCAAGGCACACGGCAAGGCGAGAACAAGCGAACCGCUAUCCUCGGUGGCCAUUGGGGUGGUCACAGCCACACCACAGACCAACGCGGAGUCAGUGAUCGGCAACGACUCUGCCAGCACUGCCAGCACCAACAACAAUAACAACAAGAGCAAUAAUAACAAUAAUCAUAAUGGACAACAGUCACAAAAAUCCCAACAGCAGCAGCAGUCGAACGGAGGAACCGUUGGCUCCAUGACCACAUCAUCCGCGCCGUCGGCGGCGGACUCCUCGAAUCAGAAUGGAGACAGCCGCAACCAUCGGCACAGCAGCAGCCUAGAGCCAACAACGCACAUCGACGAUGCUGUGGGCAUGGCCCAUGACGGCGAUGUCUUUGAAGAUGACACAGAGGCGCUGCUGCCCAAGUGCUCGCGCCGAUCCCGAGAUGAGCUCAGUCAGUCACGCACAUCUCUGGUGUCCAGCUCCGAGGGCGGCAUACUGGCCGAGGGUGAAACUUCCAGCGAGGAUGAGCGCGAUGAGGAGACCAGUCGCGAUUCCAGUGACAAUUCACCGCCAUGCGACCUGGGUCUGGUGGAGCGUCUGCUGCUUACCCAUCCCAUGUGGUUCCUGCCGGGCAUUCAGCGUUCGGGCGCCGUUCAUCUGCUGCAGGGCAAGGAGGAAGGGACUUUCAUUGUGCGCGGCUCGAGUCAGCCAAACACGAUGGCCGUGUCGGUGCGUUUGCCCCAGGACACGGGCCCCUAUAUCGAGCAUUAUCUGAUUCAGUCGCACGACAAUGUCCUCAAUCUGGAGAGCUCACGGUUCACGUUCGGCUCGAUACCCGCACUGAUCGCCCACUAUGCCCAGUGCUGCGAUGAGCUGCCCGUUCAGCUGAUGUUGCCACGGGUGCUGCGCGAGGCCAAUAACCGCAAGAAGCUCUCCUCGCUGGCCCUGCUUGGCCAAGAGUUUUGGAGCUAUGCCAGCAGCCCCGCCGUUCUGGGACCGCCCACGCCAGUGGGCCCCUUGAGGCCAGCACCCCUGGACACACCAGGACAGCAGCAGCAGCAGCUACUCCUGCUGGAUGCCAAGUCUCCGCUCUCCCUGACCGAGACGAGCGGCCUGGGCACGGCCACUUUUUUCAGCGAUGCAGGGCCACCCAAGCCGCCGGCCACAGCUCCCCCGCCACCCGGUGGGAAUGUAAAUGGGAAUGGAAGUGGUAAUGGCAGCUUCUUCAGUCCCACGGGCAGUGGCCAGCUGAUGGGAUUCUUCAGCCAGGCGGGCACACCGUCGGACACGACAAACUCCAGCAUGAGUUCGUUCACCACCAGCGGGGGCCAGCACAUGCAGCUGCUGAGUCCCAAUUCCGUGGAUUCGGUUAUUCUGACCAUGUCGCCGGUGGAGGGACAGGGGCCAGGGCCAGCUGGGUAUCUGCCGCCAGGUGUGCCGCCGCCGCCCAUCUCCUGCCCACUGACAGGAACAGCAGGCGCCAUUGGCCAGCAGAUGAGCACCUUUAAGGUGCUGCCCAUCGACGGGGUGGGAGGAGGUGUACUCGAUCAGGUGCGCCCGCAACGUCCGAAGCCACCAAAUACAUUGAAUCUCAAGCCGCCGGCGCCACCGUUGCGCUGGUCCAAGCCCCACUCGCCGGAUCAGUUGAGUAAUGGAAAUGGGAACAGUAACAGUAACUUUACGGUGACCACCACCGUGACCUUCUCCAUGGACAGCGGCAAUGGAAGCAGCGGAGGUGGAGGUGGAGGUGCAGGAGGGGGCAACACCGGGGCCAAGUUUGUGGAGGUGACGACUCCUGCCUCGAGCAAUCCCUUCAACGCUUUGCUCAAUGGACAGGCCAGCACGUUCCAGACGUUCGCCAAGCGCCUGUCGCCCGAGGGCGAGUGCAAGGACACGCUGUCGUCGCGGGGCUCCUCCUCCACCAACGACAGCCGCUGGCAGCUGCACUCGGGCCGCGACUCUAGCCACAGGAAGAUCCUCUCGCCGCAGACACCCAACAGCAGCAGCAGCGGCGGUGGUGGCGGCGGCGGUGGCAAGUCACGCAAAUCCCGUGCCGGCAAGGAGUCGCAGCACUACAAGGAGUCGGACAUACUCGAGAGUCCGCCGCUGCAGUACUGUGCCAGCGCCCUCAGCGAUAAGAUUAGCGACUAUGAGGACGUGUGGUCGCACGAUCCCAGCGACAGGGCCAGUCUCUUGACCAGCUUCAAGCCAGCGCCCCAGGAUGGGGUGAUGAAUCGUCGACCCGAUCUGCUGGCCGAGACACCCAGCACACCCACAGCUCAGACACUGCCGCAUCUGACGCCCUGCACGGAGGAGGAGACGACCGCCAAGGACAGCAGCCAGCAGCUGUUGCAGUUCUCGGGCGAUGAGCCGCCACGCUCUCGAGCGGGAUUGCUUUUGCCAAAUUUGAGCUUAGCCGGCAGUCAGGCAGCACCGCCGCCAGCCAUGACGCAGUCGAUGACCGAAACGGUGGACGAUGGCGGUGAUACCACACCGACAGCGGCACAGACACCGGGAUCACGCAGCAAACAGGGCAGCCCCUUCUACGCCGAGCCGGCGGAUGCACUACGACAGGCGGGCCUGACCAGUGCGGCCACGGCCAUAUUGCGGCGCCAGCAUCGCAGCCAGGUGAUGCACGCCAAUCAGCGGCACUCGGAGCCGCUCAAGCCCGGACUUGGUGGCACUACGGCCCCCCUGCUGCUGCCCAGCGACUUGGAGAAGCUGGCCGGCAGCCUGGACGAGCUAAAGCAGAAGCCACAGCAGCAGCAGCACCAGCAGCAGCCGACGACAAAACGGCCACGCAAUCGCAUCGAUAACUGGCCGCUGGACAGCAGCUGGGAGUUUAUGGCCAAGCACGAAACGACGGGCGAGGCAUAUGAUGCCACUGUGCAGGACUGGCAGGAGAAGGAUAACUCGCUGAGACGCGAAAAGGAUGGUGCGCAGGGGGGCAAGAAGAGGCCGCCACUGACAGUCCAUCAGAUCAUUGCCAAGCGACUGCCCGACCUCAAUCUGCCGGAAUUGGUGCGCUGUUCGACGCCACCGCAGACGAUGGCCACCACUGGUGGGCUACUGCAGCCGCUGGGUUCAGGACAGUGUGCUGGCCAGGAGAAGGAGGGCAGCGGCAGCCAGAAGUCGUUCCAGAGCCAGAACGGCGGAUGUCGCCUCUCCUCGUACGACAAUGUCUUCUGCCAGAACUCAAUGUUCGGUGGCAUCGAUUCGGCCCAGUCCGACGAUGGCACCAUAUUCUCAGAGCCCUGGGACUCGUCCCAGUGGGACUCCUUCCUACCCCAUGAUGACACCACCCUCAAUUCGGACACCAUUCAUUUGUCCAAGUGCAGGCCCGCCCUGUCAGAGGACGACACAAUUUUCGAGGAACUCAGCAGCACCAAAGACGGCAGCCACAGCAGCUGCAACCAGGACACGCUCAAGGCCAACAGGAACGGUGCUGGACACCACAACCACAACAAUUGCAGCGGCAAGGCCACCAGUCGACCCAAAGUGGCCACCAUUCUGAGGAAUCCGAGCAUGCGGGAUCGUGAAGUAUUAUGUCACCCCCGCAAUAAGAUGAACAUUCAGAGCAGCGGCCCCGGGGACUCACUGCGUGCGUACACGCUCCAGCUGGCGCUGGAUCCCAGCUCCACCUUUGCCCGAAACAUUGAGAACUUCAUCAGCUGCACGAAGGAGUCGCGUGAGGCAGCGCCCCAGGUGGUGAUGCGCAACAUGCGACAGUUUAUGAGCGGCAUGAAGAAUUAUCUGGUGAAGCACGGCGAGGGCAAGUUCCAUGCCGAGCUGGAGUCGGCUCGCGGGAGACUGAAGGCCGAUGAGUUCCUCAAUCUGGAUGCCAUGCUGGAGACGGUGAUGCAUCAGCUGGUGGUGCUGCCGCUGCGAGAGCACCUCUACGGCAUCUUUGUGGACUACUAUACGCGCAGCGAGGACAUUCAGCUGCUGGCCCAGAACGUGCGCUAUGCCUGCGAGCGGGAGGCGGCAGACUUUGGCAUACGGCCCACGGUCACGCCGCCCUCGCAGACGGCGCUGCGACUGAUUGCGAAUCUGCUGUGGCGCCUGCAGGAGGCUGAGCUGCCGCUGGACAAGCUGGAGCUCUUCCUGUGCGUCAUCUCGACGGUGUUCGAUGCCACGGGCUGUCCUCGUGGCCAGCAGUUGGGCGCCGAUGAUUUCCUGCCCGUGCUCGUCUAUGUGGUGGCCAAGUGCGGCUUUGUUGGUGCCGAGAUUGAGGCCGAGUUCAUGUGGGGCCUGCUACAGCCAACGCUACUCAAUGGGGAGCCGGGCUACUACCUCACCGCCCUCUGCAGCGCCGUCCAGGUGCUCAAAACAUUCAUGGCCUCUGAGAGCGAGAGCGGCAGCGGAUCCCUCGACUGGCGCUCCAGCUGCCUGCCUGCCUGCUCCAGCGUGCUGCGCGUGAUCAUUCCGGAUGAGUGCAACGGCUCGCUGCAGACACGAACGCUGCCCGUGCGGCCGCACACAACGACGCGUGAGGUGUGCCGCAUCAUUGCCCAUAAGGCACGGAUAACCAAUCCGCAGGAUUACGCUCUGUUCAAGCUGGUCGAUGGCGAGGAGACGCUCCUUAGCGACGCCGAGUGCCCGCAGGAUGCGCGACUGGCGGCCAAGGGCAAACACUGUAUGCUCGCCUACAAGCGAAUCGAUGCGAAGAUCGCCUGGCCAACCACUCAGCCGGCAGGACAUUGAGCACGGAUCUAAAGAGAAUCUGAAAAGGAAUACAGCAACACUGCAUCCUGCAUCUACCCCUGCCCCAUCUUGCUCACUAACCAAGCAUAUUUGAUUAAUAAUUUAUUAUUAUUACAUUAAAAUAUACUAAGUAGCCUGUAAUUAAAGCUAAUUAACGCUAAUUAAUUAGAAAACAUUUAAUGUGUACUAAACAACAGUAUUGAGUUAAGCGUCGUGUUUUUUUUAUCACAAUCAUCAUCAUCAUCAUCAUCGUCCUUAUAUCUUAUACCCCGGCAUGCCCAUCCCUGUCCCUUCCAGCCGUUUCUUUUUGUUUUUGCUAAUUUAAUAUAUAAAUCUAUAAAAUAUACGAAUAAAACAUAUACAUGAAUAUAAUAUGCAUAUAAAGAUAUUAUGCACGAGAAAAUAUACGAUAUAUAAACAAACAAAAGAACACUUAGCGAGUAGAGAUCCGAAUUGCACAAACAACAAAAACCCCCCCAAAUGGGAUAAAAGUCAACCGAACGAAUCAACAUGCAGCAUACAAACAGCAUAUACAUAUACAUACAGAUACUCUACAUACAUAUAAUCAACUAAUCACACUCAACCUGGAGACCAAAAGAGAGACCACAGUUCAAUCAGAAUCACAGUAACAAUCAAUCAAUACAAUCCAAUUCCAAUUUCGAUCUUGGCACACAGUUCGGACCAUUGUGACUGUACACAAAAAAAGGCAUUUAGUGGGUUUCUUGCUUUUUUUUUUGUUUUCUUGUGAAAAUGAACGUAACAGUAAAAUACAUAAUUAUACUCGUAUACAUACAAAUAUCGACAUAUUAACCAUUACAUUUUAAUAGUUAUGUACAACUAAAAAGCAGCUAUCAGCUAUGCUAUUCCCCCUCUAUAUA